UAACAGACAUUCUUUCAAAAAGACGUGCCCUAGAAGACAAAAAAAUAGAACAAGUAAUAAAUACCAAUAAACAACCAGAAUCGAUAUAAGAGACAUUUAAAAAUUAAUUGCAUCUAUUCUUCAAAUGGAGUCAGUUGUUGAGGAUAUUGAAUUGAAAAGGAAGUUGAAAAACUCCAACAAAAACAUCAAUAAUGUUUCUUUUGAUGAAAACGAGGAAAAGGCUAAAUUCUUAGCGCUUUUCCCAGAAAUUGUAGCUGCCAUGGUGAACAAGUUUGCACGUGUGCCUGACAUCGCCAGUCGAGUCAAAAAGAUGAUGGAGUACAAUUCAGCCGGUGGCAGCAAAGCCCGCGGUCUUAUGACGGUGCGCGCCUACCAAAGGCUGGAGAGUCCGGACAAAAUCACCGACGAGACCAUGCGGUUAGCGCGCAUUCUGGGCUGGUGUGUGGAACUGUUUCAGACAAGUUUGUUAAUCCUGGACGAUAUGGCUGACAAAUCCACGACCCGGCGAGGUGCAGUCUGCUGGUUCCGUUUACCCGACGUUGGCGAUUUGGCCAUCAAUGACUCGCUGCUCAUACUAACCAUAAUCUUCGACAUGUUGAAAGAAAACUUUGGCGACAGAAGCUGUUAUCCUGACAUCUUAUACACGUUCAAUGAGACUCUCAGACAUUUGUGUUUUGGCCAGUAUGACCCGCCUCCAAAAGAUUUCAGCCAAUUUACAAUAGAGCAAUUCAACAGGUAUUCAAUUGACAGGAGAAGUUACUACACAUUUAAACUACCGAUCUACAUUAGCUUAUUGUUGGCUAACAAAGCAGACAAGAAUGUCUUUAACACCGUGGAAGAAAUUUUUGAAGAAAUGGGAUUACUUUUAUCUAUGCAGAACGAUUACAACGAUUGCUUCGGGGAUGAAAAAGUAGAAGGUAAGGCAGGCACAGACAUCCAGGAGGGCAAGUGCACGUGGCUGGCGGUGCAGGCGCUGGCGCGCGGCGGAGACGCGGCGCGCGCGCAGCUCGAGGCGUGCUACGGCCGCUCCGACGCCGCCAGCGAAUGCCGCGUGCGCACGCUCUACGAGGAGCUUAGGUUACCGGAGCUCUAUCGGGAUGAAGAACGCGCUAUGACCAACAGAAUUCUCGACCGCAUUAAAGCGUUACCAAACGAUAACAAAUUGCCUCCAAUGCUGAUACUAGAAAUGUUCCAAAUGAUUCAAGAUAUGCGAAUGAUAGAGUACAAUUCAGCCGGUGGCAGCAAAGCCCGCGGUCUAAUGACGGUGCGCGCCUACCAAAGGUUGGAGAGUCCGGACAAAAUCACCGACGAGACCAUGAGGUUAGCGCGCAUUCUGGGCUGGUGUGUGGAACUGAACGAUUACAUCGAUUGCUUCGGGGAUGAAAAAGAAAAUGGUAAGUCGGGCACGGACAUCCAGGAGGGCAAGUGCACGUGGCUGGCGGUGCAGGCGCUGGCGCGCGGCGGGGACGCGGCGCGCGCGCAGCUCGAGGCGUGCUACGGCCGCGCUGACGCCGCCAGCGAAUGCCGCGUGCGCACGCUAUACGAGGAGCUUAGGUUACCGGAGCUCUACCGUGACGAAGAACGCGCUAUGACUAACAGAAUUCUCGCCCGCAUUAAAGCGUUACCCUACGAUAACAAAUUGCCUCCAAUGCUGAUACUAGAAAUGUUCCAAAUGAUUCAAGAUAUGCGAGUAGAUUAAAAAUUACGUUUUCGCCAACGCCGCGUGUGCACGCUCAACGAGGAGCUUAGGUAACCAGAGCUCUACCGUGACGAAGAACGCGCUAUGACUAACAAAAUUAUCGACCGCAUAAAAGCGCUGCCUAGUGAUAACAAAUUGCCGCCCGUACUAAUACUAGAACCAUAGCUAGAACUGUUCCAAAUGAUUCAAGAGAUACGGGUAGAUCGCUGACGUAGCCAGCGCAUGCCGCGUGCGCACGCUAUACGAGGAGCUUAGAUUACCGGAGCUCUACCGUGUCGAAGAACGCGCUAUGACCAACAGAAUUCUCGACCGCAUUAAAGCGUUACCCAACGAUAACAAAUUGUCACCAGUGCUGAUACUAGAAAUGUUCCAAAUGAUUCAAGAUAUGCGAGUAGAUUAAAAAUUACGUUUUCGCCAACGCCGCGUGCGCACGCUAUACGAGGAGCUUAGGUUACCGGAGCUCUAUCGGGAUGAAGAACGCGUUAUGACCAACAGAAUUCUCGACCGCAUUAAAGCGUUACCCAACGAUAACAAAUUGCCUCCAAUGCUGAUACUAGAAAUGUUCCAAAUGAUUCAAGAUAUGCGAGUAGAUUAAUAAUUAAGUUUUCGCCGACGCCGCUAGCGAACGCCGCGUGCGCACGCUAUACGAGGAAAUUAAGUUACCGGAGCUCUACCGUGACGAAGAACGCGCUAUGAUUAACAGAAUUCUCGACCGCAUAAAAGCGCUGCCUAGUGAUAACAAAUUGCCGCCCGUAAUACUAGAACCAUAGCUAAAACUGUUCCAAAUGAUUCAAGUGAUGCGGGUAGAUUAAUAAUUACCUCGCUGACGUAGCCAGCGCAUGCCGCGUGCGCACUCUAUACGAGCAACUUACGUUACUUCAGCUCUAUCAUGAUGAAGAACGUGCUGCAACCGAUAAAAUAAACUACUGCCACCGGUACUAAUACUAGACCUG